GCAGGCGGAGAAUUUUUUUUUCUUUUUUUUUCGAGGCAGAGCUGGGGCUGGUGGCUGUUUCAAUCAAAGGGAAGGCAGAGGGAAGGGAGGCUCUGCGGAGAGAUGUAAGAUGGCAGAGCUACAAAUGUUGUUAGAGGAAGAGAUUCCGGCCGGUAAAAGAGCGCUUGUGGAGAGUUACCAAAACCUGACCAGAGUAGCGGACUACUGCGAAAACAAUUAUGUCCAGGCCCAGGACAAGAGGAAAGCUCUGGAGGAGACCAAAGCCUACACCACCCAGUCCCUGGCCAGCGUGGCCUACCAGAUCAAUGCCUUAGCCAAUAAUGUACUGCAGCUGCUGGACAUCCAGGCCUCGCAGCUGCGGCGCAUGGAGUCCUCCAUCAACCACAUCUCCCAGACUGUGGACAUACAUAAAGAGAAGGUGGCCAGGCGGGAAAUUGGGAUUCUCACCACCAACAAGAACACGUCGAGGACCCAUAAGAUUAUAGCGCCAGCUAACAUGGAGCGGCCUGUCAGGUACAUCAGGAAGCCCAUUGACUACACUGUACUGGACGACGUUGGCCAUGGCGUCAAGUGGCUAAAAGCCAAGCAACAUGGAAACAACCAGUCAAUCAGAGGAGGAACACUAUCAAGGACCAAUCCGCCGACCCAGAAGCCGCCGAGCCCUCCCAUGUCAGGGCGCGGCACACUCGGACGCAACACAUCCUACAAGACCCUGGAGCCGGUGAAGCCACCCACGGUGCCCAACGACUAUAUGACCAGCCCCGCCCGACUAGGAAGCCAGCAUGGCCAGCAGCACAGCCCCGGACGCACGGCAUCGCUUAACCAGAGGCAACGCACACACAGUGGAAGCAGCGGGGGCAGCAGCAGCAGGGAGAACAGCGGCAGCAGCGGUAUUGGCAUUCCCAUCGCCGUGCCUACACCCUCCAUCCCCAACUCUGGACCAGUCCCGCCCAUGUCUGCUCCCCCGGGAGCCCCUCCGCCUCCCCCACCCCCUCCUCCUCCUCCCAUGGCCGGGCUCGGCCCCCCAGCACCUCCGCCGCCACCACCGCUACCCAUAGCUGUGGCCCCUGGGCCUGGUCUGGGCCCCGCUCCAGUGUCCCAGUUUGGAACCAUCUCGCGGCAGAUUUCACGGCACAACCCCUCCAACUCCUCUGUCUCUAUGGUUUCGGCCACGGGCACCUACCGCCGGGCGCCGUCGGUCACUUCCCAGUUCUCCUUGCAGCAGCAGCAGCAACUACAGCAGCAGCAGCAGCAGCAGCAGCAGCAACAGCCUCAUAUUAAUGGAGGCACUCCUGGCUACAGCCAGAACUCAAUGUCUAUCGCUCCUCCUCCUCCCCCCAUGCCCCAGCUGACUCCACAGAUACCUCUGACUGGCUUUGUGGCCAGGAUGCAGGAGAGCAUUGCAGAUACUCCUACUCCACCUCCCCCUCCACCUCCAGAUGACAUACCCAUGUUUGACGACUCUCCUCCACCUCCACCCCCUCCUCCAGUUGAUUACGAGGAGGAGGAUGCUGCUGUCGUGCAGUACAGCGACCCCUACGCUGAUGGAGACCCACAGUGGGCACCCAAGAACUACGUCGAGAAAGUGGUGGCCAUCUAUGACUACACCAAGGACAAAGACGACGAGUUGUCUUUCAUGGAAGGGGCAAUCAUUUACGUCAUCAAGAAGAAUGACGACGGUUGGUUUGAGGGCGUCUCCAACGGCAUCACCGGACUGUUUCCUGGCAACUACGUUGAGUCCAUCAUGCACUACGCCGACUGAAGGGACCUGCAGUAACAGUAAAGCCUAUUUAUUCAGUCAUAUCAUAAUCCACUGAGAGACUGACCGCCGCAAUCUUGACUCCUGAGACGCAUCUAGACAUAACUGUAUGAUCCCCUUUUGAUAUGACAGAAUGUUCUUUCCCUUACUGAUUGCAAAUAAAAUGAAAAGUAAUAUCUAUUUAGUUUAUUUUGGUGUUAUAUGGGCGGGUUGGGGACAUUUAUGAAAUAUGUAAAGAAAAAAAAAAAAAAAAGCAAAGUUUCUAAAGAAUUGGACUGCACGUGCUCACGUCGGUUGAAUUCAAAGACGAUGGUCACACAGCUGAAGGAUGUACGACAUCAUCUUGCCUAGACAAAAAUUAUUAGGGAUUCAGAGCUGAAUCCUUUGAGUAUUAGGUGUGAUGGAACAAAUUAAAUGUUAACGUCAUGUAAACACCUUCAGUCGAAGUGUUUGUACUGUCAGUUGUAUAUAAUGUGAGCUGCAGCCACUCGGGUUUCUGUAAUGUGAAUUCAGUGAAUGUCAAUUAUAUGAUAGUUUUCAUUAGUGGCGCCCUCCUCGACUCCAUCAGGCUCAUUCGUAAAAUAAGAUGGCCUGUCAAUAAUUUUACAAAUUUAAGUACUGUGUAUGGUAUUUCAAAGACAAACAAAUACUCCUGAAGAUCAGUCUUGGCGUUUAAGCAUGCAAAAUUUUAAGAGAUAUAAUGUAAUCUUAAGUUUAUUGCCAUUAUGCUUCCAUUAUGUUGUAAAUGUAUUCACCUUUUUAAUUUUUAUUACACUGUUAAAAUCACUGAACUUUAUAGACUCUGAAGUAAAUUUCAGGCUUCCCCACAGUCUCACCCUCUAAAUGCCAAUUUGCAUCUUAACUUCAAGGAAUACCUCACACCCGAAAUGAACAUUUGUAUAUCAGUUAUUCCACCCAUGUUACAUUAAAUUUGUGAAGAAAACCUUUUUCUCACACGCUUCAAGUGAAGGAAUCCAACAACUGAGAAAAUUCUUGAUGACUGAAGUCAUAGGGGUCCACGUUUAACAACACCAAAACUAUAUUAAAACGUCUGUUAACAAACUCUCACACAACUCUUGCAGUGUAAUCCAAGUCUCAUUUAUACAGUCCUGUUAAAAAAUUCCCAAACACAUGCAUUUUUGCUAAAAUCUUACUAUUUAACACUGAAUUGAAAAUGAAACUUACCGAUGCUGUGUGCAAUGCCAGACUCCAUUGACAAAAACAGUAAUUUAACCUCGCUGAACACAGGAGCUACCUUAUUAAUUGGUAGUUUAUUUCUGUUAUUGUGUGACUUUGGUGAAACCUAACUAACCCCAUAAAACACCAAAGUCACAAAAAAUACAAAAACAAACAAGGGAUAGAGACAGUGGUAGACCAGAAGCUCCUGUGUUCAGUGAAAUAAAAAUCACUAUUUUUGUCAAUGGAGUCUGGCUUUAAAACAGAAAGUGAAACUAAAUACUUAAGUUUGAGAGAAAAUACAUGUGUUUGAGAAGAACUGAGUGUAUGACUGGAUAAAUGAUGCAGUACAAGUUGUGUGAAAGUUUGUAAAUGUUUUGAUCUAGUUUCAUUGUUUUUAAAUGUGGACUCCUAUGACUUCAGUUCAUCAAGAAUUUUCUGUUUCUGGAUUCUUCGCUUACCAUGAAGGUAUGCAGAAAAACCAAGCUUUCUUUUUGAAUUCAGCAUUAACUUUGGGUGAGUAACUGAUAUACAAAUAAUCAUAAGGGAGGUGGAGUAUUCCUUUAAAAUCAUGAAAAUUAAAUGGAAUUUACUUUUUCAUGCCUUUGGAUCUGUUUUGAAGCACGAGGACACAUUCCAUUUUUGGCUUAUUAUCAAGCAUUUAAAGAUUAUGUCACAUCACUGUUACUAACUUUAUACUAAUCUACAUCAAAUCUGUAGGAUCCAUUGGUAACUGGCAAUAACGGACUAUGCUUCUGAUAGACAGCAGUGAUAGCGUGCAGUGAUAAGUGGGCUUGAAUUGCUGUGCCUGACACUGCCAUGAGACAAUUCAGAUGUAAUGUAGACCAACAAACAACUCUAAUACCUCCUCAGCCUUCACAAAGCAACAAUAACCUGCUCUGGGUUCAAGGACCAUGUUGAAUGCUCUGAACAUGAAAUCCUCUGGGCUGCACAGGUGUACAUAUUUUAACUCGAGUAAAAAUCAGCCAAUCAAUAUCAGCUGUCACUCAGGUCUAGGAAUCAUCUUAAUGACACUUUUGUUUUCUGUUGACCCUCGAACGUACCAUCUAACAUGACCUAAUUUUUGAGCAUUUAUCAUUUCAGGAUACUGCAGCUUAUGCCUUGAUAUUUUGCCCGUUUGCUUUAGAAAUCUCCAAUAAUAAAACAUGUUCCAGCUCAAUUUCAUGGGUAGAAAUAUUGAAAUCUAUCUUUGUCCGCCCUUCAUUUGUACAUAUAAUAUGUUGAUUGAAAAAUUAAUGUACAGUCUUUUAUAAUAAACAAUUCUAUGUACAACA